AUGCCAGGGGCGGCGUGCCGCCUGCUGGAGGCCUCCCCCUCUGCCGCCGACGCGGCCGAGGCGGCGGCCGAGGCGGCCACGCUGGUCGAGCUGCUGGAGGGCCGCCAGGCGGCGCUGGCGGCGGCGCUGGACGGCCAGUUCCCGGAGCUGCGGGCGACGGUGUGGCAGAGCGAGGCGUCGGUGCAGGCGGCGGUGCAGGCGCUGACGCCGCAGAUGACUGAGAACCGCCGCAAGGCGGAGGACCUGCUGCGGGAGGCCUACAUCCUGUCAGAGUGCCUGCAGCGCCGCAGCUCAGCGGCCGUGCUGGAGAAGCUGCUGCCUAAGCGGUACAAGCAGUACAGCAAGGGCAUCUCCGGGAAGGCCUGA